AUGGGGGGUCUUUCCGUGACUGGGGCAGUUAUCCUUUGCAGUUUAACUGUAUAUUCAGAACUGUGCUUCACGCCCGUGUCUCGAAGGAAUUCGAGCUGGAAUUUAGGCAGUGCGAAGCAGUUUUGUGCGUUUUACGUCUACAGACACAGGAAAUUCAGUUCCGUCUCUCAUUUGAUUGAAAAUCGAAAAAUCGCCUGGGCAAUUGCUAAAUCCAGGCGGGCAGACAGAAUACCGGCGAUUUAUUGUAGCAGUGCUAUCUACGGCGACGUGGAAACAGACGGGACAGUGUCGGUGACGCCGUCGGAGGCACCUAAUUGCCGGAGCCUUUGUCGAGCCCUUCUCCACAAACAUGGCCAGUCUUGUUCGUCGGCUGUGGAUCCAUACAGCUGCGUCCUAGAGUUUCAGUCGGAGCUCUGGAUGCCUCAAGAGUAUAAGCAGCAUUGCAGAUUCACGCCGCCUUCUGUGCAACAGCCAGACUUCGAGAAGAGCAUCUGCAGCGAGGAUUGCAUGCGUCGAGGGAUGCAGGCUUGGCUUACUAGCCUCCAUCGUGGUGACCUAUCAUGGCAGUCUUUCGUGGAGCGUGUUCCUUCUUCCUGUUCUUUCAAGAGCACUCACCCUGCCGACUCACGAGUGCUUGUAAGGGCCCAGACACGCUUUCCGGAGAGUGAAGUUCUGAACUUGCUAAGCAAGUCAGGCCCGAUGCGCUUUCACAUAGUAACUCGAAAGGUGGCAUCAUCAGGAAAGAGGGGCACUUUUCAGGAGCUGGCAGAAUCUGUCAUCGUUCCAGGAUCUUACUGGGAUUCGUUAGCGGUGGGAAAAAGAGUGGAUUGGUCUGUUACAAGUACCUUCUAUAGCCCCUCUGACGAGGCUUCCGCUUCGCAACUCGCGCAGAUUCUCACAGGGGAGUCUACGAGUCAGGCCAUUUGCAUAUUCCGGUACAUGGAGAUGGGCGGAGAACGCUUUGGCAUGGUACCGGGUCGCACGUGCCGUGAUUCCAUUGGUGUCCUGUUCGUCCUUGCCAUAAAGGUGCACCCGCCUGCUGACUUCGACGGAGCCUCCCAGGGGUUUGAUUUAUGCGUUGCGCGACGCAUAUUUCAAGGAGAGGGAGUGCCUGUCGAAGGCUUUACUAUAGAGCCGCUGCAAGUGAAGACUCGUGUGACAGUAGGCACUCCUUGCGGAGUGGAUAGGGGCCUGGAUAAGGGCUUGUGGGAGGUGGCGUUUUACGCUGCGCGGUACCCGCAAGCGAGAGGCAUUGAUGGAAUUCCCACAAGCAGCGAUUGCCCGUGGAGAGGAUCCCUACAGUUGGGAUCCAAGUGCUUUUUGAAAACAGACGAAAGAAUUAGCAGCCGGUGGGAUUUCUUCUCCGCCAACGAGGAAUGCAGACAUCUCGCAGAUGGCUUGGGAUUCAACGAGAACGACGCCAGUUUGGCUCUAAUUGAAAACGACACAGAGCUUAAACUUGCCGGGGAAAUGGCGGCAGGCGCUGACGAGUCCUGGAUUGGUUUGUUUCAGCCCAGCCAGCUUCCACUGGUCUCUCCUGGGCACGCUAAUUUGUACAGACGCAAAGAAGGGGAGUGUCCAGAAGAGGUCUUGAAAUUGUCAGACAGCUCUGGUUCUCGCCUUAGCAAUAUCGUCGCCUCCUGCAGAGCAGCUCGGACCUGGCCAGCGUGGAGAACAGUACUCGAAGGAGGGCGCAAACCUGGAUGGGACCCUCUUUUCUGCAACGGUCACCCAGAAGUCACGAGCGGUGGAAAGUUUGCAGACUGUGCAUCUGUGAAGCACGAAAAGCUGGGGCUUUCUUGCUUGCGCGCAAGAAGCUGCGAUGCAUCACACUCCGCCGUCUGCUCUUUAAAACUAAGAACAGGCCCUGUAAUGAUGUCAAAGGGAAGCCGUGGGGCCAGGGAUCUUCCCUUGGUGAGGUGCACAGAGUUGAAAGAUUGCCGGCUGCUUCUGGAGCUUCCAGCAGUGGAUUGGUGGGGCGAAACACUUGCAUUGCGUCCUCCGAGGGACCAGCCCUUCUCGACGGGCUACUUAGCUCUCAUGACGUUUUGUGGGUCUGGGGCUUUGCUUGCUGGCCCUUGGCCCCUGAAACACCAAAUUGCCAUCGGGGAGGACAGCGCCUUCCAGGCCUUGCCAGCUGGCGUGUAUGAAGUGUGCUACUGCUCUCCAGUGCAAGUUGGUGACUCAGCCAUAGCUUGCGUCGAUGGUAAGGAGUUUGGCUAUCUUCGGGGGCUUCUUCAGAUUGACAGCAGCAAAGAGCAGUGCAGUGCCUCUCUGAACACUGGCAUAGGAGACGCGGCGACGUGUGCAAAUUUGCCAGAGGUAUCCCUGAGGCCCCUGCAGAGUUUUGCCGCAGUGUCAAAUUUGGACUUGUGGAUAGAGCCAUACCCAAACGAAUUAUCGGGGGAGUUAGUUUUCUGCAAAGUCGGCGGAGACAAGCUCACGAAUGACUCUUGCAAAUUUACUGUCCACAGCGAGGCCCCUUCAGAAAGGCCUCUUGUUCUAUCCAUAGUUCCUUUGAAGGAAGAUCAGGCAGGUAGUGCAGCCGUCUGCUCAAGGCCUGGCGUCACAAUGAGGGUUUCUGUCAACGGAAAAACAGAGGUUCAGGUCACUCCCUUCCUCCCUACAAGCUUCAAGUACGCGAUUUGCGGAAACGGAUCUAUACUGGGAACUUUGAUUGUUUCAGACGGCAUCAGCUUUGCGCAAGCGAAAUGGUGGAGCAUUCAGCUUAACAACUUCGUCGUCACGUUUCCAGACAACAAGAUAAACAAUGCCUUCAUUGAGGUGGCAGUGGAGGGCUUUAGCUCUAGCUCGAACGCCGAUGCUGUUGAGCUAAUUGUUGUAACGGCCGAUUAUGCGCAUGACACGAGCUGUGAUGGAUACCUUGGCAAAUUGGCUUCCAACGGCGACAGGUAUACGGGCCAGUACAACUCGGAAGAACAGCUGCUGAUAUUUACGAUUCCAGCACCAACUGUGCGAAUGAAGUUGUGCCUGAUGAGACCUAUCUUCUCAUUCUACACGGACGUCACGUCGCUGGGGCAGAUUCCCGUACCCACUAAACCGGAAAAAAUCACGGCUGCAGAGGCUCGGUGCUCUUUGGCCCCGAAAGGAGACUGCGUUAUAGGUCUAUACCCCGACCCAGGGACAGUAGACCAGCCAUAUUCCGCGUUUUUCCCAAGCACUGUUGCCGUCAAGCUGCUUAAGGGGCAAGUGCAGUGCCCACGGGAUCCAUCAGACCCUCUUUACGAUGCUUUUGGUGGCAAUUCCAAGAACACGUCUGCACUUCUGCAGGCGAACGCCAUCUCAAUGACGAUGACUCACGCUGACGACCGCAUGCUACAGUUUUCCGUCCCAGACGAGCUUAAGCAGUGGGUUGCGGAGGUUGGACAGGCAACCAUUUGCUUGACUCAGGAAGGGCUGGAAGACCCAUCAGAUGUGUGCUGGGAGAGCGAAAUGUGCACAAUGCGGCUUGGGUAUAUGAGAUGGACAGGCCCAACCAAGGGGUAUGAACAGUUUAUUUUUUGCUCCCGUGGGAAGUCGUGCAACAUUGAAGUCCAAGGAAAGAAUAUGGAAUUUCUCAGUAUGCACUUCAGUCGACUCGCAGCGCUUGACACUUGUGGGAGAAUUUCUGGGGAAGGAAGUCUGCCAAUAUCUGGUACCUUUGACACCGUAGACCUCUCGAAGCCAUCUGAUGGCAGCUUCAUCCAGAUCUCAAGUGACGGCACCGGUGCUUUGAAUGGAAAGCUCCGUGGCGCUUUGUCCGACUCUGCUGGAGCGCCUGCUGCCUUCCAAGAAGCCUUAGCGAGAUCUCCAGAUGAUGAUACUGUGGAGUUAGUCCCUGCGGAUGCUACGGAUAUAGAGGAGAGGGUCAUGAAGAUUAUAAUGGACGUUGCACUGACUCGCCCGCAAAUUCUUGGCUCCGUAAAGGUCUACUUUAAGGAUGCCCCAACAGACAAGAACGUAGACACCUGCAAUUUUGCAAGGGAUGCGGAGAAUGGCAUGAUUUCAUCCUACUUGUCGAUUAGUGACAUUGCAGAAACGGACAGCGAGACGUUUACAGUAACAGUCGUAUCUGCUGUUACCAAAGCAGCCACAUCCGUCUGCUGGGUCGAGUUUUUGCUCCCAGGGAGCGUCUCGCAGGACACUCCUUUUACGAGUUACGUUGGAAGGCUCCCAGGGGUUGAAGUCCCCUCAGCCAACCUCGAAGCAAUCUGUAGUCUUGCGGAAGAAGAAUGCACUGCGACAGCAUCGUUCCAGUUACCUUCAGCACUCAAUGCAAAGGGGGAGCCAUUACAGACUAUUGCGUUGCUUCCUGCAAGCAUGGUUGUGAUGAUGGUUCCCUCUGACAGUUGCCCAUCUGAUCUACGGACUAUCAGCCCCUCUACGACUCCGGAGCAAGAUGCUUUGGUUGCAGAGAAUGUCUCCGGAACGUUCACCCUCGAUUCCGUGACAAUUUCUAUCAAUCGCUCCUCUCCUAUCCUCCAGAAACUUGGUUCUGGAGCUCUGUGUCUACAGAAUAAUGACUGCGAAGACCCUGACUCUGGACGGUGCGUGAAAAGACUUGGAACUGCCAAAUGGAUCGGGCCCGUCGUCUCAACGAGCUUGAGUGCACAAACUUGCACUGAGUUGGAGUCUGGCCGGUGCAACAUCACUAUCCCGGGAUUCGAAAUGACUUCGGUGGACUUUUCUACCCCAAGAGUGGCGGUCACCAGUCGCUGCGGUGACGCGGCCGCAGACAUUUGGAGUCUAGGAGAGACUAUUAAUGUAGAACAAAAAUCAGCAACCGUUGCAAUACCUGCAACAGCUGGUUGGGGACUGGCGGUCUGCUGGAAUGCCAAGAACGUGCAGCCCUCCACGGCUGAAGCGGUGGAGAAGGCGAGCUUUAACUUGCAGCUGACUACCAUCACAUUCCCGCCUUUUCCCGUCAUAACAGGACUCUCUGUCUCCAGAAAGUCCACGGUUGCGGCCAGUGUCGUUAUUGAAGUAAAUGCUCUUUUGGUUAAAGAAGCAGCUGAAGCGUUUGGGCGUCAGGUUCCAGAUCAGGGUAUUUGGUGCGGCAUGGCCAGAGCGCCCUUUACUGACGGUUCGAACUGUGCCUCUAGCAGUCUAGUGUCUCUUCGUCAACCCAAAGAGACUACAAUCGAGAUACAACCCGUCAGAAACCGCCGUGAAGACUCAGCUGAAGAGAGUGGAGAUGGCUCAUUCAACGCUUCAGUGGCUGUCAUGUCCUUUGAGGUGGAGUCAGCUGCAGAGCCAUAUACGUAUUGCUGGAAAACUGUUUUUUUCGGUCCCAAAUCCACAGUCCUUAACACAACAUGGACACCACUGAUAAGCGUCCCGGGACCUGUCGCGGCGAAACUAGGAGGGACGGUAUCGGAGACAGCCGUCUCACUGGGUUUCGUUCCAUGCAUGUCAAGCACAACAUAUCCUGCCAGCUGUCACUUCAGUGUAACUCCCUCACAACCUAACGACUCUUCGUUUUUUCCUCAUAACGAGCCAUGGAUUAUCUCCAGCCAAGCAAGUGUGUUUUUGCUUCCUGGGGACUCCGGUUGUCCGGAUGAGGAUAGCAAUAUCUAUGAGAUGGCAGCGGCCCCGAACCCCUCCCAGGUGGAUGCCGACGCGGCUUUGCGUCUUUCAGCUGAGCUCGAAGCAGAUGAUUACGUGGCUUACAAUUUCGGAGAUGCAAGGGCCUGGCUUUCCAAGAAUGGUUCAGCAACGAUAUGCUGGAGGGACGACACAACUCGCAAGCUAACUGAAAUUGCAAGAGCACUUUGGCUGGGACCUCUCUACCCAAGAGAACCCUUACAAAUAACGUGCCCUCAGAAUGCUGUAUGCUCAAUUACAAUUCAAGGGAAGAACCUCACGGAGUUGGACCAUUCCUUCAGUAGGGUGGCUAUACUGCAGGCCUGCGGGACAGCGCAGGGCAUCGGAACAGCAGAGCUGCGGUCGGCCAACGUUGGGUCUACUAGUUUUUUAAGAGUAGGGUCUAGCGUGCGAAGAGAAUUCGUGACGGAUCGGGAUUUGCAGCCCGUGCAUUUUUGGGCAUUGCCUGGAAAUGCGUUUCACACUGACUGCAAACGCGGCACUGCCUUGGAGUUUAUUGAAGCCAAGUGGGUGGACUCACGAAACGUCUGUGGCGAGGUGGACGUGGCUGACAUUCUAAAUAUGAACUGCAGAGGAAGAAGGAGCUGCAGUUUCGUGCCGUUGGCUCAAGAGCCCAUCAAAUUUGGCGAGGUUCACAUGAUCGCCAAAUAUUUGAUGAUUCCGGACACAUGCGGUGACACAGGCUCUCGAAAACUGGUGGGAGUCUAUCAUUGUUUCGAAGCAGAAGUCUCUACAGACGGCGAGCGCUCUGUUGAACAAAACAUGGUUCCAGUGAUGCUGGAGCUUUUCAAAACAUCAAAAUCGGCCAGUGAAGAUAACGCUGCCAAUAGUGACGGAAUUUCAGACGACAGUAUUACAUUCUGGGUCCCUUACGGCGCGGCUGGCUUGUACCAUAUUUGCUGGAAUCCGGAGGUCGCGCGCAACACAGAUCCGUCAGCGUAUUCAGAGUCCUUAGGAACAUUAGAAAUCUUGCCCCUUCUGGCUAUCAUUGAUCAAGCUGUUUUCUGUCCGGACGGCGACGUGACUCAUUGCAGCUUGGAAAUAACUCUGGGAGCGCAGGAGGGUAUGCGCGACGGACAGUCUCUGGCUCUAGUGCUUGUUGAGCAGGAUGGGCAUGACACAUGCGAUGGUUUAAAUAUAAAGGAUAUGCAUGCAAUCAUGCCGCAUUCGUCGGCGUGGAAUACGGAAAACUCUACGAUGGAACUGUCAUUUUCAACGGAGCUUCCAACUGAAAGCCACAAGCUUUGCGUUAUUGCAGUCGAUGCAAGUGCCUCGACUACAGGAUCUCCGCAGUACGUAGGGAACAUACCGGGGAAUUCUGCUCCCACAGAGCUUACUGACGGCGAAGCAAACUGUUCGGAUGACCCCACUCAACCAUGCGAAGUGAAACUUGUUGGUGAAAAAGUAUCUACUUACUACACGUUAGACAAUCGCGUCCCGGAAGAAGAUGAGAGAAGCCCCUCCUUCGAUGCAUUUGACAAGCUGCGCCCCUACCUUGAUCCGCAUUCAAAUCUUUACGCCUUGCGAGGCAAUGUCGCUUGCCCUUCUAGCGUGACGGAUGAGUCCUAUGCCACGGCUACUGAAACCCCAACUAACGACGUGGCUAAGCUGGUGCUUAAGACCGCGGAAGUCGACACACUUAUUUUUGGCGUGACUGAAGAGCAGAUAAUAUGGCUACGGUCAUUAGCUGGAGCAACGCUGUGUUGGACAAUGUCCUCUUGCCUACACGACCCUCUAAAGAACGGCACGAGGCCAUGCACAAAAAAAGUCGGAGUGCUCCUCUGGUCUGGUGGCGCGUCAAGCUACCUAGAUUUCGGGUAUAGGGCUGCGGAGUCAAGGAGAGUAAAAGAGUCACAGACGCACAAGCGGUUACAGACGGAGCAGCAAAUCAAGAACAGGUUCGUCUCGUUUGUACAGGAGGCAGAGGAGGAAGACCGUGUUUCAGUUGAGAGCAUGACCGUAAUUGCCCCUCAGCCAAUAGAAGCAAACAUCGCCGUCUGUUGGAACCCUUUGCGCACGCCAACGAACAACUUGGCAGAUUUUACUCUCCAAAUCGGCGUGGCUUUGGGCUACGGUGUGGAUGAGAUCACUGCGUUCUGCACAUUCGGCUCAUUAUGCAACAUCAACGUUGUUUCAAAGGGCGCACUUUCAACUGAUGCCGCUCCAAAAAUAAGGGCUUUCAAAGGAAUGUGUGGAGAUGAAGCUGGCGUACCAACUGAGCUCCCUAAUCAAGGGCAGUUCACCCAAAUCAGCGGAGAAAGGUAUUCUUUUCCAUCACCAAUACAAGCUGGGCAGCCGACUCUUACGACCUAUGAACUGUGUUGGUGCGAUGAGUUUUCGACGCCUGACUGUGAAACAACCAACUAUAGCGAACGCGUUGGAUCUCUGCAGGUUCAGUCGAUGCAGCAGCUGGAAGUGGCGUGCGUAAAAAAUUCAAGCGGUCACUGCAAGAUACGAUUUCCUUCCACUAUGCAGGCAAAGGCGCACAUAUAUUUCUCCGAAAUGACCAGCGCCUCACCAUCGACGUGUGUCACUCCGCUUCUUGGAAUACCAGCAGAAACAGGGGCUAUCGGAGAUGGUUUUGUUGAGGUCAGCGUCGAGUUCAGCAACCUACAGGCUCUAGGUCUUGUUGACAAAGCCCUAGCAAUUUGCUGGAUUCAACAGGAAGAGCCUUUUGGUGGAACUAUUCCUAGUUGGGCCGGCUCGUUCCUUGGUAACCUGAUAUUCGUUGACGGUAAAGAGAGCUCAAACGUUCUGUAUGCUGGCUUACUCGCUAAAAUCCGCAUUGCCGUCGUAGGCAUGGCUGCGAGCCAAGUGUCAGCCGACAGCUUGCCUGCUUUUCUACGCCAGCUGUACCUGAGGGAUACAGACAAGUGCGGACUUUCACCAUCUACGACGUCAGUCCCUCUCUUUGCGCAAACAGUAGAGACAUCAAAAGGGGAUUCGAAGAGCCAAAUCAGUUUCGCAACAUCAGUUAUUGUCAAGCUGACAACCAUGAAACAACUCUCUCUUUGCUGGUGCUAUGAUAACCACACGAAUUGCAGCAAAGAGGAAGAUUUCGACUCUGAAAUUACCAAGUUGCAGGUCUAUAGUCCAGUCGCAGGAGUAUCACACGAGUGUACCUACGACAGCACUUGCCUCAUGCGUAUCGAAGACAUUCCUCUUACGGAGCCUGUGUCAUUCACUCCGCAGCUUGUCGUUCGGUCGGAUUGCUCAGAAAAGUCGUCAAGUGCUGAGCUCCCAGAUGAUGGAGUGAUGUCCAUGCGGUCACAAACAACAGAGGGUAGUACAACACGCUCAACUGCCGAAUUUGAAGAGCACUAUUAUGGCUUCAGUUCUCUUGUGGAUCGGGACAAGGCGCUAAGUGGAACCCCGCACUUGCAGAAAAGAAUCUGCUACUGCACUGAUUCAACAAUAUGCACGCCGGACCGUCUGAUGGAUAUUGGACAGCUGACAAUUAAGGACGUGUGGAACGGCGAGUUCCUGGUGGCCAUUGUGAGCCGUGUCAGCGUGCCUUUCAAUGUGAAGAGUCCACUGAAUCAGCAAGACAGCCAGCGCAAGCUUGUGGUCACGCGGGGAGGCGUUUCUGUUCCCUGCAAAAUAGAGGAGAAUUCCGACUCGUGUAGCUUUAGCUUCAAGGACUUUGCGAAGGACACAUGGGAAUCCAGAGAUGCAGCCACCCUUGAAUACUACGAUUCUAGCCUUCCUAAAGACGUCGUCGACACUCGGCCAUUUCCAUAUGUCGCGAUUGCCUCUCUAAUCCCUUCAGGCCCGUGGAAGGAUGAUUAUGAGCUUUACUGUCGUGUCGGCGGUGCCUGCGAGGCCACAGUAGAUGUGGUGAAUUGGAGAGAAGAAGACAGAGUAGCAUUGCUCCCCCACUGUGGUGAGGAUCACGUGGAUGGCGUUGGCUUCUUUAGUCAGGUUGCAGAAGCCGCCCGUGGCAGUUCAAGUUCCAUCUUGUUCAGAUGGGCGGACCCUUUGAAGCUUUCAGCAGCCCAAAUGCAGGAGGGUCUUGAACUUUGCUGGAAAGCAGUUAAAGAUAUGGGACAGCCAAGGGAUUCUGUCACUGCUUACUCAGCUAAAUUUGGCACGGUGUUAAUCGCAGGCAUAUUUCCUGACCAAAAUGCAACUUGCUACAUCGGGGAGAGGUGCACAAUUUUGGGUCUUAAAGGUCAGCACCUCUCUGUUAGCGAAGGCGUGGCAUUGCUUCACGGGGGAUGCGGCACACAGGGCACUGCAUGGAGCGGAGUUCCUGAGGGCGGGCUCAUGCAUACGGAUACUGUAGAAUCCAGCAAUAUAUCAGUCUCGCUACCUGAAAUUCUUCCAGUGUUGGGUACCGAUUCUCUCGAAAUAUGUGGCUGUAGUGGAACUCAGUGCACCCAAUUGCAAGACUACGGGUGGCGUGUAGGAACGCUGAAAUUGAAGGGUCCAGCUUCAAAGGCACGCCACGUGGAAGUUUUUGCAGCGUCGGACAUUCUCCUGCCUUUGAACGGAGAUUUCGAUGACAAGUUUUACUUACUGCUUAAAAAGGGGGACAGUUGUGAAACAGGUGCACCUGACCCUGCAUGGAAUUUGCAGGGCUUCGCACCGAUCAGCAACGGCAUGGCAACAUGGGCGCCUUUUAGCAAAGGCGAGGGUGUUCUUUCGGUGUGCCUGUGCCACGACACGGUUGCGGGGCUGUCAGAUCCGUUUGGGGAUUCACAAACUUCUGAUGCAGUUUGUAGAGACGCAUCGAUGUACGCAUUGAAAGUGGGACAGGUCUUCGUAAAUGGCCCACUUGUUCAAGAUACGCCAUCCACAUGCCGCCGAGGGUCUGUCUGCUACAUCACUAUUCGUUACAUUGCAGUGGAUUCUGGCGCAACCAGGCAGCAGUGGGCGUCAAGUCAGAUUUACCUCCAAAAAGAGGAUUGCAGAGAAUAUGGGACGGUUCUCCAUUCGGGUGGUUCCUACAUUAGCGACACUGCAACCAGCGAGCCAGUGACAUCUCAAGACGCGGACUAUCCUAUCACCUACGUAGUUCGGGAGUCUGUUUUCAUGUUUCAUGAUAAUGUGGACCUGGGAGCAGGAAGGUAUCAAAUGUGUUGGAGAUACGAUAGCGCCACAAGUGGUGUGGCCGUCGGGACUUUCACUGUAGAAGGUCCAUUUACAUCGGAGGAGAUAUUGCCAGUUGUGGUUGGGAAAAGAUUCAGUGUCGAGGUUGCAAUGAGCACUGUUGUUUCCCAAGAGGAAGCAGCAAACUACCGGAUCCGGGCGUACCCUUACAAGGGGGAUGACAUCUUCAAUAAUUAUGAUUGCAAACAGCAGAGCGACCUUUAUUCUGCGCCGAAGGCUUUUGAGGAUUCACUUUCUACAGGGCCUCCUACAGGCGUAAAGGAUGGCGAGGUGGGCAGCAUUCUUUUGUGGGAGGAUGUGCUCGUUAUCGUUGACGAAUUAUCAACGAAAGCCGCCGUGGGUGACCUGUUUGCCAUUUGCUUCUGUGACGGAAACAUAAUGGGUUGCUCAGCAGCAGAUCAUUUCCAGAUUCUUGUACAAGCCUGGGAAUUGUCAGGGCCGAAACCCCUAGAAUACGACGCUCCUCCACGUUAUCGGGCAGGUGUUCGAUUCCCCGUUGACGUCGAAGGGGUUCGUUUGGGCGAAAAUCCAGUAAUAAUGCUGUCACCGUCAUUCGAUGUCCUUACGGGCACUCAUUUUACAUGUCGUAGCUCAGAGAAGCCAUUGAUGGCCACAUUCAUCGGCACCGUCUCGAAUGGCGGAACCUUGGCAACGUUUAAAGAUGUCUAUGCUCCAUUCUCGAUCGACCAGGGACUUUUUUGUUGGUGUCCUGGUGAAGACUGCUCAGCUGCAGCUAAUUUCACUGUACAACUUGGCCGUUUUGCCGUAGCAGGUCCCACUUUCAUUAUACCACGGAUAGUGGUUGGCAGCUACUUUACCGUGCAACUGACAGGACCGACGCUUCAAAGCAGUGAUUCCAUUACGAUUCGCGGUCCAAAUGACAACUGUGGCGAAGCUGGGACGGAGAACAUGGACCCUGAAUUUAUAAUGUCUGAGGAGGGUCGCACGUUGAACAGCCUGGGUACCGUUGAGGCAUUUUCAGAAUCAGAAAACAAGGUUACGGGCGAGACGGAAUUGAUUUGGGUUUCUUGGCCAAUGCGCGUUAAGGAGUCAGUGGAAGGGAAGUUGAAAAUAUGCUAUUGUACCUCAACGGAGUCAGCCUGCGGGUCUGCAGGGAGCAUGUCAGUGCUAGCUGGAUACCUGGAGACGCGUGGUCCUUCUAAGGGAAAUGUCGAGCUGGUUGCUUCUGAUGAGCAUGGAGAAUACCUUAUAGUCCGGGGGACAAAUCUGUCAACACGGAACCUUCUUAGGUAUUUUCAGUAUGCAGAAGAAGGGGAGACAACUGCGGAAGAAGAGGCUAAUAUCUGCUCAGACCCCCUUCAUUUGAACGAAGGAAUUACGACGUUCCCUGAUGCUGUAAAUUCGGACGGAACGGAACAGUAUUUUUCAGUAGGGGUUGCUGUAGGUAAACAGUAUGUUGCUUGCUGGUCUUUUGGUGACGACACGUCGUCUAUGGCAACAUCAAUGGCGCGUUCGAGAGUUGCUCCAAGCUUCGUCUCGACUGAAGACUUGUUACGUGUUAGGAGAAAUUUUACAGAGAAAGAUGGGCCGGAGUUUUCCCCCCCGUUCGAACCAGAACACUAUAUGCUGGCCUCUCUAGACGAGAUAUCGGCACCGGCAGCUGAUUCUAAGACCUGGUUUUUUGUGUCUCUUUUCUCCCAAACGGGUUUUCAACAAGGCGUCCACAACGUGGUUCUGGGACACGAAGAUACAGUAGUGAUUAAUGGAGUCAUAAAUGCUACUGAUACAUACGAACCAGUGCUUGGACUAAGCCGCGAAAUGAGGGAGUGCUCUGAAAUAUUUGAAAAUCCGGAUCUACAGAGCGGUAUUGGCAUAACCACUGCAUCUGUGUCGGAAAACCGCAUGGUUCUUCGGAUGGAGCCGUCACAAGAAGCGGGCUGGCACAAGAUUUGCAUCAAGAAUACCAGUGCUUCUGUAGUUUUUGAUGCUGGGACGGUCGAGGUCAUUACCUAUUUCCUGAAGUCCGGUAUGGACAUGUAUGAUACGCACAGGACAUUUGUCCUACCUUGUGUCACAGGGACAAAAGAUUCUCAGAAGGAGCAAGUAAGGGAAGUACCAUUAGUUUGGUUGCCAGAUGGUACGGGCUUGUGGAUGGCGGAGAUCGUUGUGGGAAAUCCGGGGACAGAGACGGAGUACUCAACGCUGCAUGUCCAUCCAACACCUUCGGAGAAUUUCCGCGAGCUGCCGGAACUGCGAAACGUGCUAGCGUGCCACGCGACAAAGGAUCAGCAGGUUUUUGUUUUAGGAGCAACCCAUAUGCUGGUGCUCGACCCGAAACAACCACAAUCACGUACUGUGGUCAACCAUGGUGUACUGUACCCAGCGGAUUUGACCAGUGCGGGCGACCAAGUCUUUGUUACAAGCUUUGAUAGUCACUUGAUCACAUCAUUUAGUGUGAAGAACCCGGAAAAGAUAAUUUUUUACGAGCCAACGAAUCCAACGCUGCUUUCAGCUGGAGGAAUCCAGGCAAUAGAAAACAUUGAUGGCAAUGAAACUUCUGUAUUCGUCGCCGACACUGUGGGGGGCAUCAUAGGCAGGCUUAAGGUCUUGCCAGAUGACCUGGAAAAGACUAUUCAUGGAGGAAAGAUAACUAGGGAAUGGACUUCAGUUUUCGGAACACAGAAGUCUGACUUCAGCAGUGCGGAGGGCGUAAGCCGCCCGUUUUGUGUUGCAGAGUUCAUCACGCCAUAUUCUAUGCAGGAAAAUAUGAAUCCUCUGCUUGUCGUUGGAGAGCUCGUCUCUGAUCGAAUAACUUUUCUGAGCAUAGACAAUAUGGGCAUCUCGUUUUAUAGGCAGAUUACCUUGGGGGCAACAAAAUUCAUAACCGGUCUGCGCGUCAUGGAUGAAGUCAUGCUUUUGACGUCAAAACAAUGGUCAGUAGAACAAGAGCUUGGGCGGACCGAAGUUGCAUAUGUCACACUUAGCCAACUGAUUGACAACGUCUACUUUACUUACCCGGAUUUCAGCAAGAAGCUGCAAGCUGGACUGCGGUACCGCUUUUUACCCUUGGUGACAGGUCAGGCCAUCCAGUUCUUCAAGGAGGAUGCAGAAGCAGGAGAUCCCUUACAGUCAAUUGGUUUUACCCUUGACUCGAAAACAGGAGAAAUUCAGGGAACUCUUACGGCGACUGUAACAUCGCGAGUGGUGAUUGUUGGCGGUGAUCUAUUGGGUUCGUACACAUGGUCUUUUGAGUUCGAAGCAGGAUGCCAGUCAGGGGAGUACUUCAACGAGACAUCUAACAAGUGUGAGCCAUGUCCCGUAGGGACAUUUCGUGAUGAAGAAACUGACUUACAGCAUUGUCAGGACCACAGGGCAUACAGUACCACUCUACAAACCGGAUCUACAAAUUUGUCGCAGUGCGCUUGCAUUAAAGGCUUCGAAAUUGGGCAACUCGGCUACUGCCAGCCAUGCCCUGCAGGUACAUACAAAGCUAUAGCAGCAGACGCGAAGUGUACAGGGCGUUGCCCUCAGCAUAUGUACAGCGAAAAGACAGGCGCAGAGAGUUUGGAAGACCUUAACUGCCAGUGCGAGCCAGGCUUCUAUCUGACGGAGGGUGGCUGUCAAAGCUGUCAGGUUGGAACCUACUGUGCAGGCGAUUUGUCUCCACCCGUCCAGUGCCCCACUAAUCAAACAACGCCGAGCACAGCAAGCACCAAGUUUAGUGACUGUGUGUGCACGGUUGGAUACUACCGCGAGGGUGACGAGUGUGUUCCUUGUGAUGUUCUCACGUAUAAGCCAAUCAUUGGAGAUCAAGCAUGCACACAAUGUCCUCAGCCGGCUUCCAGCGCUGCAGCCGACAGCCCCCUCCUUUCCACGUCUGAUCCGCAAACAUCGAUGUUUUCAAGCAAGCGCGGCGCCUCUCAACAGUCAGAAUGCGAAGUGUGUGCCAGCGGAUAUUAUUUUGACUAUGUGUCAGUUGGGGGCUGCGUACCCUGCAAGAAGGACUUUUAUUGUCCUGGAUUCCAGCUAGGGUUGAUGUCUUGCAAAAGCAACUCAAUUACGGCUGGAGUUGGGGCUGAGAGUGUAUUCCAGUGCAAGUGCCCAAAGGGGUACGGAAGGGUCACGGGCCGAAAUCCUCUUGAUCUGAGUCUAACCUGCGCGCCUUGCCCGGUCAAUUACUUCCAGCAUAUGGAAGGCGUAGACGCUGAGUGCAUCCCAUGUCCAUCUAACUCCAUGACUAAAUCUACUAUGUCAUCCAGCAUCACAAGCUGUGUUGCAAUGCCAGGAUUCAGUGCCUUAGAGAACUUACAGGCUCUUUCUGAUGAUGAGGGGAGUGAUGCAGCUAGCCCGAAUGCAGAUACCUUCUUGGAAGCUGUUGAGCUUGCUAAGGACGUGGAGCUGGCUUAUGAGUCCUUCGCUGCAGAAGACCUAUUAGCCAUUAAUGUUUUCUGCAAGGAGAACGCCACUUCAGUGCAAGAUUACGAUAUGCCCGAAUUCGUCACCAUGCAGUAUACACUAUCAUUUGAAGAUUGUCAGGCCGCUUGCCUGAAGAAUGUGUAUUGCACCAGCUUUUCGUUUUCCAAGGAAGACAAGUUUCCAACUUACACUAACAGUAUAAUGAACUACACGGGCAUUUAUACCUAUGCAUACUGGCCUUGCCACCUCUAUAUGUUCGGUUCAGCCGCAGCAGCAGACGUCGAGAAUUGGAGCGAUAUUUGGGAGGGCACUGAAGUAGAGCUUGGCAAGAAGGUGGCGUGUGUCGUGGGACGCGUAAAGGACGAACUUACUUGGCAAAGGUUUCGCUAUGUUGAGUGUCCACAAAACGCAUUCUGCCCUGGAGACAAGGAUGCCAGUAUUUUUGAGUGCCAAGAUUAUGCAGUGACAUUGAGUACGGGGGCAUAUUCUGGGGAGCACUGUCUGUGCUUACCAGGCCGGGAGCCUGUGGGACAUGUUUGCGAACAGUGCAAAUUGGGCUUCUACAAGAAUACCACGGAGAAUAUUGCAUGCACUGAGUGCCCACAAUUUUUCACGACUAGCAUCACCGCAAGCACAAGUGCUUACGAAUGUGCUUGUCAAGCUGGCAUGUACAUGGCACCAGCUGGCACUACACCGGACUCUGAGCAGUUGCGAAAAGCUAGGAGUGUAGAGGCUGCUGCCAAUGAUGAACCAGUCGAACUUGAACCUGCGGCGCUGGAGACAGUUUCUCAUGCCAGAUCGAUUCGGGAACUGAGCAAGCACGGUGGCUUGGAACCACUUGUUGCGGGCGAAGUAUCAGUGUUACAGCUAAGGCAAUUGCCAUGGCUUGAAGAAGAGACUCGAGAACAGUUGGAGAAGGUAGUGGAGCUAGGCGUCUGUAUGCCUUGCCACACGGGGAUGUUUUGUCCAGGCCUGUGGAAGGACCCACCCACGAACUCCACUCACAUGCCUCCACAGCAGUGCAUUGAGGGCUCUAGCGUCCCACAGUCUACAGUGAAUGCAGAUUCUGUUGAAAAGUGCCUUUGCCUGGCUGGUUAUGCUUAUGGUCGGUCAUCUGACGUUGCGGUGUCGUCGGAUUCAUACUUCACUUGCAGCAAGUGCCCUCCUGGCACGUACAAGGAACUACAGGAAAACUCUCCUUGUUCGGGUAGGUGUAUGAAAGAUGCUGAAACAUACCCUGGAGCAGUAAGCAAGAGCCAGUGCUUUUGCCAGGUGGGGCGAUAUGCAGUGGAGACAGAGGAUUCCGAAGGCCUGUUCAGCUGUGUCGAGUGUAUUACCGGUGGGGUUUGCGUGGGUGGCUUCAAGCAAAGCGUCAUCGAAGCGAUCCAGGAGAACCCGAGCUUCACCAACAUCACGAUUGCAGAUCACACUAUUCCGUAUCCGCAGAAGGGGUGGUUUGCAACAUUCAAGCUCGAUUCUGAAGAUUCAUGGAGGCCUCGGUGGCUACCCUUCACAGUGAACCCAGUGGAAGAGGAAGCAGGAAUUUUCGAGGGUGCCAUUGCUUUCGACGACGAGGGCCCUAGCACAGACUCUGUGCAAGACCCGCACGACCGAGUUCCUGACAUUCACCCAUGUCCUGUUGACUACCGGUGCCAUGGCGGUCCGUCAAACUCAUGUUCUGAAGGUGGUUCGGGUUAUUUGUGCAGCACGUGUGAGAGAGGAUACGAUAUGGCACAUCACGGAGCUGUUUGUACGAAGUGCGAGACAGUCUGGUAUGAAUUCGCUUAUCUUCUCGGCUCAAGAUUCAUUUUAUGCCUAAUCGUGUGGGUAAUUGCAGCAGUUAGUUGUUUAGCUGUUCGAAACCCUGCAUGCAUACAUCCCAUUCUAAUUCGAAUAUGGUUGUCCAACCUCUUUCUCUUUUACCUGUUCGGCUUUUUCCCAGAAAAUAGCGUGUCUGCGCUGGCGGAUUGGGCUCAGCUCUACAGGAUCGUGUUUACUUAUCCAAUAUUUCUCUUUAACAAAUAUCCGAAGGUCUUCUGCAUCCUUGACCAGUUGGGCUUCCCGUUGGACUUCAAAAGGUCCUGGUAUCUUCAAAAGUUUGCUCAACUGCUGGUGCCCGUCGUUGACGUUUGCUUGAUUACGGUGAUAUGCGGUAUUUCAUUAAUUCUUUACAAGCUGUACAGGCGUUCCAAAAUACAGAGAGUCUCAUUGGUGCUCAGUCACGCUCAGGAAGUUCACUCAGGAGAUAUUUGGGCAAUGCGUACUGUGGAAAAGAUCCAAGACAUGCGGUGCCUUGGACUGUUUCACUAUAUAUCCCCUUCCGGGGCGACGCGUUCUCAAAAAAUCCUUCGCUUUUUUGGGGACUUAGUUCCAGCAUUCAUGAUCAUCUGGUUCUGGAACCUGCCAUUCCUGGUUAUUGAGUGCACACAGCUAUUAGGGUGCGUGUCGAUAUCAUACAAGAAUGAACCUUCCUUGUUUGUUCUUACCGCCCUUCCAGAACAAGUGUGUUCUCUCGAUGAGCCAUGGUUUCUGGCUGGCGCAGUUGUGGGGGCCAGUGGCAUUUUGGUGUGGGGAAUCAGCAGCGUCAUCGUUUUUUGUGUGUGGAUGCUAUACACGGACAAUGCUGACAAGCUGGAAGCAAGGUAUCGCUAUGGUUUCCUCUCUAAUGGAUAUGAAUUUCAAUACCGAGCAUGGGAAAUGUUCCUCAUGGCACGCAAACUGGCUUGUGCGUGCCUUCUCACAUUACAGCUCCACAUGAGUGCUGCUGGGACUCAGGAGGUUUUCCGGAAUUCCGUGAACCUUUUGAUCGUCACCAUGUGCUUGAUCUCUCAACUGUUAAUUGAGCCAUAUGAUAGACGGAGCCACAACCUGACGAAUCGAGUUGAAUUUUUGGGCCUGCUAACCAAUGUCGUCAACUGUAUUGUUAUUCAGGGCAGCUUGUCCUUCUCUGUUUUCAAAUGGUUGGGCCCUCUGCCAAUCGUCACGUGCGGGCUAUUUCACAUGUACGUCUUCUGGAACCUUUUUGUAGAGGCGGGAAGAAUGGUGCUUAUGCGUCCUCACUUGGCAAGGUUGCCAUCGCCGUGGAGAUACUUUAACCUAGUGACCAGGUCUCUCGCUAGACUUUACACUCGAGGUAAUGCUAAAGUCUACUACAACUACAUCACGAACGAGAUGGUGCUUGAGGCGGCAGCGAAGUCAAGGGUCUUCCACAUUCGCAGAAUGAUCCAGAGGAAGAAGAAACUCACAGAUUAUCGGAAGAUUAAUUAUGAAAACAGAACGUAUUUUGUCUCUGCUCUGACUGACUCUCUUUCGCGGCUGGUAAUUUCCUGGUGUCAGUUCACCAUACCUGGAGACUGGCUGGAUUUCACCAUUCGUUAUGCAUUUUGUUACUGCUUUUGGAUGAGGCAUCGCGCGUCGAGCAAUAAGGAGCCUCUUGACUUGGAGGAAUUCGAUGCCAUGAGACCGUCUUUGUUUAAUGAAUGCUACGUCGAGGAGCAUGAAGGAGAGGAUGAUGUUCUUCUGGACCCAGAAACACAAUGUAAUGAAGUUGAAGCGGAGUUUUUAGAUAUGCUGGUUGACGACGACGUGUAUGACGACAGUCCCAUUACUCUCAUGGAGCUGUAUGUUGCAGUGCAGUCAAUGCGGUACAUCCCACGAGGACAACUCCGACGGCUCCAUAUGUGGUACCGUGAAAGGAUGGCCGCAGCAAGCAGCUCUGACAUGCCAGCUCUGCGCAAAGAGAACGAAGAGCUUGAGGCAGAACUUCAGCAGCUGAGCGAGGCACUGCGCAGUCGAUUUGGCUCUCCAGAUGGAGACGGAGCCUCUUUCAACAUCCUUGACUUUUUCUUUGCGGUGGAAGUUUUGCACGAGGCCGAGGCGGAAAAUUCCCGCCUACGAAUGGAUAUAGAAAAGGAGGUAAAUUGCAUCCUCAAUGCGCGCGCGGCUCGUUGUGUGGCUGAGAGGGUUCAGAUGGAACUAGAAAAGGCGGACGGUGAAGACCUCGAGGAUAUCCUUAAAUCGUUCGAUGAAGUCGCUGAGAGGCAAAAAGAGGCUAAAGCACGGUUAGAGUACCUAGAGCCCGUUGUGAAGGACAAGAAUCGGAAAGUUAAAGUACGCAGUAAGGGCACAACGGAAGAUCCGAAGAGGAGUCUGAAACAGUUGGGCUCGAGGCGUGUAAGCUUAGCAGAGGAGCGCAAACGUGUGCUUCGCCCGAGCUUUUCAUCCCUUGAAACUGCCUCUGAAGGCAAGCGACGUAAGUCAUUGGCACCUACGUGGCAGCAUGACGCUAAUGGUGGCAUGGGCCGUAGAGUAUCGCCUGUUGGCUUUUCGGAUGAUCGAGAAAAAGGAUCUGGUGCUAGCCGCCGGCGGAUAAGCGUUGAGUUAGAUGUAAUGGGCGGGCAGGCAUCUGAAGAGGGCUUACAAGGGAAGCAGCCUCGACGGAUUUCGCUUUCCCGUACGCCCAGUGACGCGUCCAUACAAGGGUCGCGCACCUUGCAAACGCACAGCAGUUUUGGUUCAGAAAGGGAUAACAGUCCUAAAAGCAGUAGGCGGACUGUCAGAAGUGCUUCGCGUCUAGGUGAGUCCGACGUGGCGCCUUCAUCUGAUGACCAGGAAAGAGCGCCGAAGAGGACUGCAAGAAUGGCCUCCCCAUUGACGCCUUCAGCGAUAAAAGCAGAGCCAUCAAGCGGUGCUGAGCAGCCGCUCUCACGCCGCAGAGUAUCACGUAUCGGGAGCGCUAGUUCUUUAGCAGAGUCAGCGGAGGUUGAAACAACAGGAGGGGUUUCGAAGCCGGCCCCAAAGAGAGCUAUCGGCACAACAAGGGAAAGCAUUGAUCCCUCGGAUCCAGCUCGAACAGACACUCCAGUCGAAAGCCCGAAGCCAAGUUCUAAACGGUCUAUAGGACUUUUUAAAAGACCCCCUGGGUCUAAGGAGGGUGAACGUUGA